AUGGCAAACCUCUUGUUACAGGACCCCUUUGGUGUCUUGAAGGAAUACCCUGAGAAAUUGACCCAUACGUUGGAAGUUCCUGUUGCUGCGGUAUGUGUGAAGUUCAGCCCCAGAGGAGAUUACUUAGCCGUUGGUUGUUCUAAUGGUGCCAUUAUCAUCUACGAUAUGGAUAGUUUGAAGCCAAUUGCUAUGUUGGGUACGCAUUCUGGUGCUCAUACAAGAUCCGUACAGUCAGUCUGUUGGUCAAACGACGGUCGAUAUCUGUGGUCCAGUGGUAGAGAUUGGUACGCCAAGCUUUGGGAUAUGACUCAACCGACCAAGUGUUUCCAACAGUACAAGUUCGAUGGUCCGUUAUGGUCUUGCCAUGUGGUACGAUGGAACGUAUGCAUAGUGACUGUGGUUGAAGAGCCAACCGCAUAUGUAUUAACGUUAACAGACCGACAGAAUGCGUUUCAUUGUUUCCCGCUAUUGGAACAAGAUCAAGAUAUCUCUGGACAUGGAUACACCUUAGUCGCUUGUCCACACCCAACUAUAGAAUCCAUUAUCAUUACGGGGACCUCAAAGGGAUGGAUUAAUGCGUUUCAAUUGGAUCUUGAAUCUGGGUUCGAGGAUAAGAUACGAUGCUGUUAUGAAGAGAAAAUCGCUAAUGCUAAUAUAAAACAAAUCAUUAUAUCACCAUCAGGGACUAGAAUCGCCAUCAAUGGCUCGGAUAGAACCAUAAGACAGUACCAAUUGAUAGUAGAAGAUAAUGAGAGCGAAGGGGGUUCUUCACACUCAGUUUCGAUUGAAUUGGAACACAAGUACCAGGAUAUUAUCAACAGAUUGCAAUGGAAUACAAUAUUCUUUAGUAACCAUUCUGGAGAAUAUCUAGUAGCAAGUGCCCACGGUUCUUCUGCCCAUGAUUUAUAUUUAUGGGAAACAAGCUCUGGUAGUCUUGUGCGAGUCUUAGAAGGUGCAGACGAAGAACUAUUGGACAUAGAUUGGAAUUUUUACAGUAUGCGAAUCGCAAGUAAUGGUUUCGAAUCUGGAUGGGUUUACAUGUGGUCCAUAGUAAUACCACCGAAAUGGAGCGCUCUUGCUCCAGAUUUCGAAGAAGUGGAAGAGAACAUCGAUUACCAAGAGAAAGAAAACGAAUUCGAUAUAAUGGACGAUGAUAACAAUCUACAGGCCAUGACGGAAGCAGAAGAAAUCGCAAUAGAUUUAUGUACUCCAGAAAAAUACGACGUUAGAGGAAACGAUAUAUCAAUGCCAAGUUUUGUUAUACCUAUAGAUUACGAAGGUGUCAUCAUUCAACAACAUUGGGCUCAUCAGGAGCAGUAA